AUGGAACGGUGUGGCGCCGUUGCAUCAUCGGACGAUGGAACAGAUCGUGUUACAGAACUCGCCCUCCCGCACGUCGAUCAGAUAAACUCUCUGGUAGCCGCUUUUCAGGACGACCAACCUCACCCCAUUCCCCACACAACCUUGCAUUUCGUGUGUCCCAGCUGGCCAGGCUCAAGGGGUCUGCUCAGCCUCGUCGUCGCACUUGCAGCCGCUCUCUCGCUGGGUAUCGAUUGGCUCACACUAUCUACUUUGGGCAUCUGUCUGGUCCCGGCUGUUGCUGCUGCUGCUACUGCUGCUGCUGCUGUUGCUGGCCUUCGUACAAUCCGGUGUAGUAGCCAGCAUAGUACCAUGACAUCAAAAGUCUCUUCAAACCCUCGUCUUGCACUACAAACCCCGAAGAAAGAGGGGCCCUCAGUCAGUCCGGUGUUCAAGUUUAAAAGAGGCUACUAUGCAACUGCCGUCCCAACUCUGGACAGUCCGGGAUAG